AUGCUUCCUGGAACUGAAGCGGUCUAUGGGCAGUCUGAAAUCCAUAAGAAGGUGAUGGCGCUGAGCUUCCGUGAUUGUCACACUAAGAUCAGGCAUGUCGAUGCUCACGCCACCCUGAACGAGGGAGUGGUGGUGCAAGUGUUGGGGGAGCUGUCCAAUAACAUGCAGCCCAUGAGGAAGUUCAUGCAGACAUUUGUUCUGGCACCUGAGGGAUCAGUUGCAAACAAGUUCUACGUACACAACGAUAUCUUCCGGUACCAGGAUGAAGUGUUUGGGGACUCGGACUCAGAACCUCCUGAGGAGUCUGAGGAGGAUGUGGAGGAGCUGGAGCGGGUGCACUCGCCUGAAGUGGUCCAGGAGGAGUCUGCUGGGUACUAUGAACAGCCACCUUGCGUGGAGCCCGAGGUGCCGCAAGAAGAGGUGUCUGUAAGCCCAGAGCCUCAGCCUGAGCUAGAAGCAGAGGUGGAGCCUGAGCCAGCAGCUGUGCAGCUGAAACCGGAGCCUGUCAGCGAGCCUGAGGUUCACAUGGAGGAAAAGAUCCAGAGAUCUCCCUCUUCACCCACACCUGCUGACACGGCACCCGCCAUGCCAGAGGACAACCGGCCGUCAUCUUGGGCUUCAGUCACUAGCAAGAAUCUCCCACCAGGAGGAGUGGUCCCCGCCACAGGAGUCCCUCCACAUGUUGUCCGAGUCCCAUCUGCGCAGCUGCGUGUGGAGGUGAAGGCAGAAACACAGACCACAGCCCAGAGACCCCAGAGAGACCAGAGACCACGUGACCAAAGACCAGGACCCUCUCCAGCCAACAGAACAGCAAGGCCAGGAGUGCGGGAGGGUGAGAGCGGGGAACCAGAGGUGCGGCGAACAGUCCGGUAUCCCGACAGCCACCAACUCUUUGUUGGAAAUGUACCUCACGACGUGGAUAAGAACGAGCUCAAGGAGUUCUUUGAACAGUACGGUACUGUCCUUGAGCUGAGAAUCAACAGCGGUGGAAAGCUGCCUAACUUUGGAUUCGUGGUGUUUGAUGACGCUGAGCCUGUGCAGAAGAUCCUCAGCAAUCGGCCCAUUAAACUGCGAGGAGACGUUCGGCUAUUAGCUGGUUUUGCAAUCUAUCAAAAUCUUACUGGCUCUGGCAAAACCGCUUAA